AUGCUGUCCAAGACCUUCCUUACUGCGCUCCUUCUGGCGCCCGGUGUUCUCAGUGCCGUCCUGCCCAACGUCAAUGCUGGUGCCGACCUUGCUACCCGCUACGCUUCAGCCCCGACCGUUGAUGCUACGGACGCAGAUGAGUUCCAAGCACCACGGAAAAAGCAGCACCACAAGGGCCGCAAGCAUCACGAGCAUGGUCCUCGUGAUGUCGAGGAUGCCGACGAAGCGGAGGACGCAGAGUUCCUGAAGAAGCACCAUGGCAAGAAGCACCACCACAAGGGUCAUAAGGGAUUUGCUCCCCGUGACGUUGACGAGACUGAGGCGACCGAUGAGACCGAUGCUACUGAUGCUGAUGCCAAGCACCGGCACCACAAGCAUCAUAAGGGCCACAGGGAGCACGAGCACGGUCCCCGCGACGUUGAGGAGACCGAAGAGACCGAUGCUACAGAUGUUGAUGCCAAGCACCGGCACCACAAGCAUCACAAGGGCCACAAGGAGCACGAGCACGGUCCCCGCGACGUUGAGGAGACCGACGAGACCGAUGUGGCCGACGUCGAUGCUAAGCACCGGCACCACAAGCAUCACAAGGGCCACAGGGAGCACGAGCACGGUCCCCGUGACGUUGAGGAGACCGAUGAGGCCGAUGAGGAUUUGCGCAAGAAGCACCACGGCAAGAAGCACCACCACAAAGGCAACAAGCACUUCUAA